AUGUCCACAUCAUCCACUACACUCACCUCGGGGUGGUACACAAAUGCAUAUUCUGGACCCUUUCGAUCUGGUAGACUACGUGCCCCCUCGCUCUUACCUGGCUCAAGAAGGCCCGUGGUCACUACCAUCCCAGUGCAACAGACCCUGGUAGUCGAUCUCAAUCAUAAUCACACUCACAAUCACAACGGUAACAACGGCGCUGGAGAGGAUAAUAAAAAUGUGAGAAGGAGAGAGACGAUUUUCGGACCGGACGUAGGUGAGGACGACGAACCCGGUUGGACGGAGAACAAGAACCAGGAGAUUGGGGUGGAGAAGGUGAAAGAGUGGGUGGAGAGAAGUAAGAAUGAAGAGGGUCUACACGCCACCACAACCCUCCAAGCAUUGGUCAACUUAAAACGACCCACUUUGCUCUUGCAUCAGAUUGAGAAUGCAAUCGAAGAAGGCAGAUCAUCGCUCGAUAAAGCGCCCGAAGAAGAUAUCACCGUAGCAGCUGUUACCUCAUCACCCACACGGAAUUCUAUUUCAGGUGCAAAUUCAAGUCAAGGUCAUUUCAAGCGAGAUUCAGUCCAAACGCAAAUAAUCAAUGCUCCUCCUCUACACACCUUAUCAUUCAAGUAUGAUGCUACGACUCCUUUAGUCAGAGUACAAUUGGAGAUCUACCCUACACCUCGUACACCUGCUACUCAUGUCGACGGUGAGGGUGUCGUAGAAGGUAAAGAAAGUAUAGUGGAAGAUCACGAUAACGAACCUAAGAUUAUUUACUCGGGAUUACAUCAAGGUGGUUUUAAUCAAUCUUUCACUUUACCUCAUACCUCCGCUUUGGACCUUAGUGAUGCUAUCAUCCCAAUCGAAGAACAACAACAACAACAAACCGAUGCAGCCGCUGCUGCCACCGUGGCUCACAAUCAAGCUCAAAAUGUACCUGUCCCUGAACCUGUCACUACACCCCCAGGAGAAGAUUCGACAAGUGGUAGUAGAUGGCGAAGGGGUUUAUUCAGGAGAAAUAGGGAACAAGAUCUGGAAGCGGCAACGGGUAUCGAGAUGACCAAUCGACUCGAUGCGAAUGGUCAACCAAUCGCUGCUAAUGGAGAAACUCAAGGUGAGGGCGACAAUGCAAAUGAGAAGAAGAAAACGGUAGAAAAAGGAAUGAGGUUGUUAAUCCGGAUUGACGGUGUUGGACCUGAAGGCGAGCCAUUACCAAGGAAAAACGCUCAACUCACUCAUAUACUUAUAAGUGGUACUUGGGUGACGGACAACAACGCUUCCACAACCAAUACCACUCAACCACCUGAACAAGGUCAACUUCCAGGAAAGAGAGUCUGGGUGGUCAAAGUAGCAAGGAGAGAGGCGGUCAUUGGAUCGCACACUUUCCUUCUCAAGGAGAUAUAUGGUCUAUCAUCCACUUCUACCUCAUCUACUUCCAAUACGCAAUACCCACCCACUCAAGAUGAUCCAUACGCAUCAACACCUAACGAAUGUAUCGUCUGUCUGACCUCGCCAAGGGACGUCGUCUUACUCCCCUGUCGUCAUUUGGUGGUCUGUCGGGACUGUGCAGUAGGUAUGGUUGAAUAUGGUGCGGGCGGCAAAGUGGGUCGAAGGGAGGAUGCAGAAAAUAACACCGGAGCAGACGCUACACCUACUGGUAAUGGCAAUGGCGCAGGUGCGGGUGGUAGUGGUAGUGGCAAUAACACAACUGCUCAAGUUGCUGGAGGGACCACGACGCAAGGUAGAGAGAGAAGAAAGAAGAAGGUCAAGGGUUGGUAUUGUCCAGUCUGUAGACAACCAUACACUUCUCUGUUGAGAUUAGCACUUCCCGAAUCGUCUGCGGUAGACUCCCCAGCAGAAAAUGAAUUAGCGAGAGUACCAUCUCGAGCCGCCUCCGUACGAACUACCCGAACUGCUCGAUCGGUCCUCGCUCCAUCUAUCGCACCUACUCUACCGGACGGUGCGGAGAGGAUGUUAGAUGCCUUACGACCUGACGACGUCAGAGCGAGAGAUAAUGACGAUGAGGAUGACGAUGAUGAUGAGAACGUUAAUAGACAGGUAGAAGAGACAGAAAGACCUCAAUUCGUAUUGGGCAAUGAGGAGGAUAAAGCUGAAACUGAACAUAAGGAGGAUAUCAACGAUUUCACAAGAUCUACAGCAGAUCCCAAAACCUUCGAUCUUGGUCAACCUGUCUCGUCGACUACGGAUGGGGAUGGAUCAAGGAGGAGUCAAGAUGGUAAAGGAUGGAAAGAGGUGUAG